GUACUAUUCUUGUUCGAAAAAAUAAUGAGAUCAUUGAAGUAAAAGCUGCUUGAUAUUCAUUUGAGUUUGCUUGUCCAAGCAAGAGUCACAAGCUAGUAGGUUAGUUUUACCGAAAAUAAGCAUGCCGGAAAAGAAUCAAGAGGCUUUGCGGGGGGAGCUCCUCGCCCUGCGAUCUAGCGCGUCUCUGUUGGAAAAGCGACUGAAAGACACGGAGCUCGAGCUUCUGGAGAAAAGCGUGGAACUUCAAGAAAAUGACGCGGCUACUGCACAAACGCAAGCGCUUUUAGAAUCGCUUGGCGAAGAGUCCAAAGCUCCUGAGACUGAAGACGAGCUCGCUGAUGCAAAUGCAACUGGCGCGAAACACUCUACCUCCGGAGAAGAAGAAGCACUUGCAGUCCCGUCGACAGCGUCCUCUCCUGAAGACGAUGAUGAUGGAGAUGAGUGGCUCAAGAAUCUGUCCAUGGAAGAGCUUGAGAAGUUGAAAGAGCUAAUGGAGCAAUCGCAAGCGGUUGAACAAGAGGAAAUGGAUCUUAAAUCACAACUUUACGAUGUUAUGUGGAGAUGGAUAUUACUUUCUUUGCUUUUCCAGCCACUACUGUGAAGGCAAGUGACUCGGUCAUAAACAGGAUACUAGCUUUCUUGAUUUGCUAGACGACACUAGCCGUAGCCGGGAUACUUGGAUAGCUCACCGGCACUCCAAUUCUUCAGCUACACAAUGUUGAGUUAUUGGUACAAGUUCAUGUGAGGAAAAACAACAAUUACUUUUGAACCUUAUGCUACUUCAUUUCUCUUUGGCAAAAAAGCAGGAGCUGCAGCAGCUAGUUUUGCAAAAGAAGGCAUUAUCGGCUGGAUGCGAAGAAGAAUUCGAACUGGCGAUGAGCCUCAUCGAAUGCGUGCAAGCUGCUGAGGUGACACGGGAAACAGCCUUGCUCAGCCGAGACACCACUCUUGCUGGGGAGAAGAGAAGCAAGGCAGGUUCAGCAAGCGCCUCAACCGAAGAAGAGAAUGGAAGUCCUGAUAAGAUAGAUGGUGUCUUGACAGACGAUCUCCUCUACAUUCCCAAGGAGGAGCGUGACACGCUGAGCACGAUUGGCAUGCACCUCCUCACAAACGAGUUUAUCCGCGAAGAGGUACAGUUCUUAGUCAGGCUUGCAGUUGUUUCCUAGCAUCAACUCGGAGCGGUGUGUUUCAGUCUACUUUGAAUUUUGAAAGAAGAAUCCAUCUAAGUAUUCGGUCGUCUUUUAAGCAUGAUCGUGAGAAUGAACAUGAAUGUUAUGAUCGAAGAGAAAUGGAAACCAUUUGCAUAGCAAGCACCAUGCUGCAGGUCCUGGCUCCUUACCUUCCGAGCAUGUUACAACACCUUCCCGAGUUGGCUGCUAAGGCACCGCUAUCACCGGAACACGCAUUGCAAGUGGCUGUUCACGACAAUACCGAUCUUGAAACCUGUAGGCUGAUGCUUGCUCGCCUCACGGAGCCGGAAGAUAUUUGUAUGGCCGAUCGUGAUAUUUACAAAGGGAGGAGCCGCUAGAAGUAUGUAGACGAAAAUAGAAUCAUUGUUUGGCACGGGUUUGACUACUUUGAGUGUUAUCAAUCCCACCGGAGGGACGAAGGAGCUUCUGCGCCCUCUUCUAAGUCUGUGCUCGCGGGAAUGCGCAAAACUGAGUUGCUUGCGGAACUGGAUACGUCGGCUUUUGGGUCUGAGCAUUGGGUCCUCCUCGCGGAGCACAGUGCUUUGCACGCAAUGAUGGUAGUGGAUCUCAUCGAGAAGACGAUGGAUGAGGAGGAGAAGGAAAAACUAGGAUGCUAUGACCUGCUUGUGGAGAUCGGACAAGCGGCAGUGAAGCACGUGCUAGAAGGGGAAAGCACUGUUGCGCAACAGAUGCAAGAUUUUCAGGACAGCCUCGCCGGAGAGUCUGCAGGCAGCUUGGAGUUAUGAUGUUUUGGAAAUAAGUGUAAAAACAGGUCUAUGUUGUAUUAUGCAUAAUGACUGUGCAUUUCUGUCCGAUAACCGGCAUUCUUGUCUGGAGUGUUUAAUAGAUACCGCAUCAAGCACAAAGUAGAUUAUUACAACCGCUAAUGCGACGAGGUGGGCUGUUGGACCUGUCACCUCAAGAACUGGAGGCUUUAGAAAAGGCUGAUGAAGACAAAAUUGACACGCCGCUGUUGACAAAAAAGAAGAUGAAUUAUCUUUCGAAAUUGUCUAGUCCUGGUGCGGAAGCAUCGCCUCCUAUCGCAGAGGAAGCGUAGUCAACGCACUUUGCUUCCUUUCCGUGGGUAGAGAGGCUGUGGGCGGGUUAUUUUUGAUGGUUGAUUAGUUUCAUGUUUUAGACAUUUCAUUCGCUCGUGUUGGGACGCAAGCAGCCAGCAGUGGAGAUGCUAGAUACAAAGCGUACAUGUUGUAAAUCAUGGCGCUGUGCUGCUGGUGCUGACCCACAAAUAAGGCUCGUUGGGAAUACAUUUCUUUUAAAUCGAUUUUGCUUGUAUAAUUAUACCGUUUUGCGUGAUUAUACGUACGUUUGUUGAGCAAAGGUUUAGGACAUGUGUCGACAGAGCAUGAUAAUUUCUUGAAGAACUUCAGCAUGUUGAGAAGAAAUAAACCCUGGUCACUGUUGUAGCCAAACAUUUUUGAGUACCUCGGAGUUUGAUGCCCGAAGUAUUCUGGGUUUUUUUUUGAUCAUGGUACAUCCCAUCCUGCCGUGGUCGACCAUCUACUUGUAUCGCGCAAAAUCUAGAUCAUCGUAAGUGAUAGGCCUACACAUAGAAAUAGGAGGCUAGUAUGGAUUGUUGGUGAAUUGCCUACAUGACAGAUACUAGGAACUCACAUCUCGAUCGCAUUUAUUGCUUUGAAGACUGUAAGAUUAUCAUGUAACAUGCACAACAUGCUACCUUGAAAUUGAACUUUGUUAGCAGGAGUCUACUUAAGAUCCAUUCUCCAG